UUUACCUGCUUAAUUUGUUUGGAACUUUCUUACAUCCUUUAAUCCUUAUGCCAUCAUGGCCUUUAUUUUAUGUUAAUAUUCACGCUGACAUUCAUAAAGAUAUACAUGAAGCACAAAAGCGUUUUGAACACCAUCAGAAUGAUGAUCUCAAGUUUCUUUGUUAGCACCCAUCUUCCUUACAUAACCUUCAUUAUUUUCCUAGCUUUCUCCUUGGCAAAUGGUGAGGAUGCAAAGUAUGCAGCGUGCUCUAAUUUAUACUCGUGCGGACAGAUCCAAAACAUUGGGUAUCCGUUUUGGGGAGGGGAUAGCAGGCCUGGAUUCUGUGGCAUCCCAGACUUUAAGCUUAAUUGUCUUGCUGGGACAGAGUUCCCUACUAUGAAUAUAUAUAAUAAUGGAUACCUGGGAUUAAAUGUGCUUGGCAUCAAUACAUCUUUGCAUACCAUGUCUAUUUCCCGACUUAAGCUGUUGGAAACCUGUUAUUUGCAAGAUACAAGUAAAAUAACCAUGAUUUCCACAUUGAAGCCAGACAGCAAUUAUAGCUACAUAAGCUUAUUUUAUGGUUGCUCUGAUUGUGUCUCUGGAUUUCACUCAAAAUCUUUUACCUGCUCCAACUCUAAUAAUCAUACUAAUGAUUUGGCUUAUUACUUUGAAGACCCAUCAGAGAUCAGCAAAAUAGGAAAGUUGUGCUCGUGCAAGAACAAUGUUACUGUUCCGGUGGACAAGAGUCGGUUAGAUGAACUUAGAAGCGCAAACGCCUCACUUUGGAGAAUCCUAACAGAGUGGCCAGUUGAGAUGGAGUACAUGGUGAACUUCACAGCCUGUUCCAAGUGUGAGGAGUCUGGCGGAAGAUGUGGAUCAUCAGUUGAUGUCCCAUCUUUGGAUCAGUUUGUGUGUUAUUGUCAGGAUGGACCUCAUCCAUUUUUGUGCUCUCGAUCAGGUGAACAAAGAAAAUUAACAAUCCUUGGAUCAGGUGUGGCUGCUGUAGUAUUAGGGACAGUGAUGCUGAGUGCUCUGUUCAUAUGUGCAUAUAAAAGACGAGGAACCAAUAAAUUUCCAUUUCAAUGGAGUAGAAUGACAGGGGAUCAAAAUGUGGCAGCCUUUCUAAAAAGUUAUGGAUCCCUUGCCCCAAAAAGAUACACUUUUUCUGAAAUAAGGAAAAUGACUAACUCCUUCAAAGAUACACUUGGUGAAGGAGGAUAUGGUAUUGUUUACAAAGGCAGGCUACAUGAUGGUCGUUUUGUGGCAGUGAAGAAGUUGAAGAUUUUAGAGGGUGAUGGGAAAGAGUUCAUCACUGAGGUAUUAAGCAUCAGCAGAACUAACCACGUCAACAUCGUCACUCUUUUAGGCUUUUGUAUUGAAAGAUACAAACGAGCUCUUGUAUUUGAGUUCUUGCCUAAUGGAUCUCUUGACAAGUUUAUAUAUGGUAAAGAGAUUGGGAAAUCAUUGGAGCUGGAAACUAUGUUCAACAUUGCGGUUGGAAUUGCUAGGGGCCUUGAUUAUCUACAUAGAGGCUGUAAUACACAGAUAUUGCACUUUGACAUUAAGCCCCAUAAUAUUCUUCUUGAUGAAGAAUUUCGCCCGAAGAUUUCUGACUUUGGCCUUGCUAGAUUGUGUCCACCAAUGAAUAGUAUGAUAACAAUGUCGGAAGCAAAAGGGACAAUUGGGUACAUUGCUCCAGAAGUUUUUUGUAGAUAUUAUGGCAGCAUUUCCCAUAAAUCAGAUGUUUAUAGCUAUGGGAUGAUGCUCUUAGACCUAGUUUGCGGUAGAAAUACCAAAACACAUGACACUAGUGAAAUGUGUUUUCCUGAAUGGAUAUACAAUCGACUUGAGUCCAUGGAGGAAGUUGCAGUUAAUCAGAUGUUGAAUGACAAUAAAAAGGAGAUAGAGAAAAAAAUGAUUUUAGUGAGCUUAUGGUGCAUACAGACAUAUCCGGCAAACCGACCUCCUAUGAACAGAGUUGUAGAAAUGUUAGAAGGGUCAUCAGAGUUGUUACAAUUGCCUCCCAAACCAAAUCUGUCUUCUGCUACAGGAUCCAUGAUGGAUUCCUUGUCUAUAACUACCACGUGAGGUCAGGUAUGUCCAUGCUUUAAUACCAUGAGAGAUAUGUCAACUUGUCAAGUGUAUUUAUAUGGCAAUGGGACGUGAUUUUUGAACAUUCAGUUAUUGAAGUUAUUGUUGUAGGAGAUAUCAAAAUGAUAUAUGUUAUCAUGUGACUUUAAAUAUCAAUAAUAAUGAUUUCCAUUUUCAUUAGUGUCCACUUUGUUGUCAGUUUUUUUUUUUUUUUUUGUUUUAAUAAUCUUGUUAGCUGCUGUCCGCUUAUCAAAUAAUGAAAUUGCAUAUUGUGAAGCAUUUUUUUUUGUUUACUGUUGCGGGUAUAUCCAAUGUUAUGGGAGCUAAUAGGUUUGUGUUGUGGUAUUUCAGACUUUUAAGCUCACUUGUCAUUAUGAUCAGAAUCACCCUUUUAUGAACAUAUUUCAUAAUGGAUUUGUUGGAUCAAGCUUUUGUGGCAUGAAUCUAACUUCCCACACCAUGGUUAUUUCUCAAGAUUGUUUGUUUAUUAAUUGUUAUUUGCAAGAUAUGAGUAUGUCAACUUUGCUUUCCAAACCAAAGCCAAGCGGCGGUUACUAGGAAAUUUGUUUGUUUUAUGACUGCUAUAUUGCUUUUAUUACUUUGACUACAAUGUUACUGUAGUACUGUAUCAGUGGUUCAUCUUAUUACUUUGUUACUCAUCAGGAUAGGUAAUUCCUGCUCCAGCAAGAGCAAUGUCACAUUUACAGUGUUUAGCAGUGGAUAAGUGAGCUUAACCAUAAUUGCUGCUUAUGAGUAUCCAAAUGAGUGGCCAAUACAGAUGAAAAACAUAGAAACUGCUGAACUUUUCAGCCUGAGAGGAGUCUGGACUCUGGAGGCAGAUUGGGUUUUGGGGAUCAUCAGGGAGUCCUACACUAGGGUCGUAUGGUUUGACAAAAAAUUAAGCUCAUUAUAGUUAGUCUUAAGACUAGCAAGCUAAGUCCAGACAGACAACUCUAUUUCCUUUCCUCCUCUCCCAAUUUUUGUAGGAGCCCCUUCUGAAGCCUCCCAUGCUGCCUCCUCACUAUGUGUCAACCCCGUCUGAAAUCAUCCCCCACCCCAACCCCCUCCCCUCCCCAUUUCCAUCUUGGAAUCUACUGAGCCUCUUUUUCCUCUUAGUUUUCUCUUUAAAUGACUUCCUACUUUCAGGCAACACCCUGCCCAAGUCACUAGUUUGAUCAGCCAUCUGCAUCCCCACUGAUGCACCAAAAGUCCUUUGGAUAAAAGGUACAAUUUUUGGCACUCCUUUUGUCCCCAAAUAAAUGUCUCUUUUGCUUUCUAUAUGUUUAGAAAUAUAAAUAAAAAGGGAAGAUAAAGUAAAGGUGAAUAGUACAAUUAAAAAAUAGUGGGGUUUAGUUGAUUAGAAAUGAAUAUAAUAAAACCAGAUAAUAGGAUUUGGUUGAUUAAAAGGUGAAAAUUUAAAUCAGGAUAGUAGUGUUUAGUUAAUAAAAAUUAAGACCUAUUUAAAUACAAUUAUUAUUUUUUGAUUAAGUCAGAUUUUUAUGGGAGUAGCUAAAUUAAGUCGUUUUUUUUUUGUGUGUUUGUUUAUGAAUAUGUUUGAUUAUUUUGUGUUUUAAAAGUUAAAAUUGCAGGAAUGGGUUAUUAAAUACAAGACUUGAUUUAAAUCAUUGCAAAGAUAUACCCCACACACACACAUACAAGACUUGAUUUAUAUCAUUGCGCUUGUGCGUGUGCACACACACACAAGACUUGAUUUACAUCAUUGCAAAGAUGAUUUGAUUUAUAUCAUUGCGCACAGACAAUUUAUAUCAUUGCACACACACACGCACACAUACACACACAAGACUUGAUUUACAUCAUUGCAAAGAUGACUUGAUUUAUAUCAUUGCGCACAGACACACACAUAAUUAAAUGCUAUUGCAAAAAUAUACUUUACAAAAGGAAGAGAAAGAGAGAUUUGUAAUGCAAGAAGAUGAUACAGUGAAACUAAAACUCAAUUUUUGUCAUAAAUUCUCAUUCAUUCACAACUUCAGGCUACCCAUAUAUGUAAUCCAAGUCAACUUUGAUCAACUCAAAUCUUGAUGAUAAAUUGUACCCCUACACGGUUGGAAGAUUCUUAUGUGAACUUGAGUCUUAUUGCUUUUUAUGUCUUCAAUUCGCUUCAUGCGUGCCCUGAAUUUUCACAUAGAGCUAGGUGUAAUAACUAAUAAUGUGAAUAUAGAGUAUAUGAUAACCUGUUUUAAUUUAAUUUUCACAUCAAUCAUUGAUUCAUUGCAUAGAGUUUUGUAUGACAAAGUAGUUGUUGAUUACUUCAUAUUUUAAGUUUAAAAGUGUAGUGGUUAAGAAAUGUUUGUGAAUAGCAUAAACGUUUUAAAUGAUGCAACUUAAACAGAAAAAGGGAACUGUGCUGCCUGCAUUUCACAUUUUCAUACGCAUGACUAUAAUUGUCUUCACGAAUAUCCACCUGAACCACCUUAAAUGAGGCCAAAACGGCUAAACUUCAGUCGGUAUGUAUAAGUGCUUGUUGAAAGUUAAAUUUGACCACUCAUAUAUUGUCCUCUCUAAAUAUUUUUUUUACAAGAAAAAAAAAAAUACUUGUAUAUUUUUUUAACAAUGAUCUCUGGUUUCUUUGG